CAGGUGUGGGGUUUUGCAUGGAUACAUGGGACAUGAUAUGAACUACUGACGGAGUGCCGCCUUCCCGGAAGAGCCACACAAUCUGAACGAGCCCAUCGUGCCGUGGUCGUUGGUUAUGGAGGGUCCGAUCGUCCCUCGUGCUCGGAUAUCCCUCGAGAUUAUCAGAUUCGAUUGAUAUCUCAAUUUACUUUCUAUUCCACCUCGGCGACUCGAACAUUUCUAUCCAAAUUGUAGAAUUCGUAACCGCUCCUGGUGAGCACUCUACGACUCAAUCGCAGCCAUGGUCAACGUGUUUGCGGUUCCGGUGUUUUUCAUCUGCUUCCGAGAAUGCAUCGAGUGUGCUAUCAUCGUUUCGAUACUGCUGGCAUUCUUGAAGAAGACCAUCGGCGGUGAAGCAGACAAAGCUGUCUACAGGAGAUUACUUUGGCAGAUCUGGGGUGGAGUGGCUGCCGGCAUUUUCAUCUGUCUCUGCAUUGGAGGUGGCAUGAUCGGAGCAUUCUACGCGUUGAACCAGGAUGUUUUCGCCAAUGCCGAAUACUUGUGGGAAGGCAUUUUUGGAAUCAUUGCUUCGCUGAUCAUUUCCGUGGUCGGGAUCGGUCUUUUGCGAGUCAACAAGCUGCAAGACAAAUGGAGAGUAAAGGUUGCUAAAGCGCUCGAAAAGAGACCUACGGGCGACAAAAUGACCGUUGGCGCUCGAGUUAAGCGCUGGGCAGAGAAAUACUGCCUGUUCAUACUGCCAUUCAUCACAGUUCUGCGUGAAGGAUUGGAAGCCAUGCUAUUCAUUGGAGGAGUCGGUCUUGGCCUUCCAGCAACUUCCUUUCCAUUGGCGGUCAUCUGUGGAAUUGGUGCUGGUCUCGCCAUUGGAUACAUGAUCUACAAGUUCGGGAGCGGUCCCAAGCUACAGAUCUUCUUGAUCAUCUCGACGUGCUUUCUCUACCUCGUGGCUGCCGGCCUCCUCUCGAAAGCUGUCUGGGCGUUUGAAGUGAACGACUGGAACAAAAUCAUUGGUGGGGAUGCUGAUGGAGUCGGCUCUGGCCCUGGCUCGUACAACAUCCGACAAAGCGUCUGGCACGUCAACUGCUGCAAUCCGGAGAUUGAUGGCGGCGGCGGAUGGGGUAUCUUCAACGCUAUUCUUGGUUGGCAAAACUCUGCCACAUACGGCUCCGUGAUCGCAUACAACGCUUACUGGAUUGCUGUCAUCAUAUCAGUGCUUGCCCUCCGCUACCACGAAGUGCGAGGGCACUGGCCAUUGAUGAAGAGCAAGAAAUUCGAAGCAGACGAGAAAAGGUCGGAUAGUGAUUCGCCAAGUCAACUAUCACAGGAAAAUCUCUCCGUGGAAAAGAAGGAAGCGGUGGAGGUUCGCUCGGCUCCCAUCGGUGAGAUUCAUGAUUAGAUUAUGGGAAGCUACGAUCGUGUGAUGACUGCGACGACGCUACGAGGAAAUGUACUGUUGCGCUCCCAUGAACCCUCGUUUGCUAGAACACGAUGCGAGUAAUCAUAUUCCCAUAAUCAUAUGAUUUCGAAAUCAGAUCACAAGAUUGCGACCUCUCCAAAUCCAAAUUAUCUAGGUAUAUACUUCAGUU